CUCUAGAAGUAACCUGACUAGCUUGUUCUGGAAUGUUUGGAGUCUAGAUUGGAGGGUUUUGGAGCGUACAGUAAAGCGAGAGACGGUGUAAACAAUACAACAUUUGCACCACGAGUAUGGCAGGCAGCAGGGUGAUGAAGGCUAUCCGGGUGAGCGAGUUCGGGGAUCCGUCCGUCCUCAAACUGUGCGCCGACGUCAAGGUUCCGCAACCCGGGAAAAGUCAGGUGUUAAUUGGAGUCCAUGCGUGCGGGGUGAAUCCAGUGGAGACGUACAUCCGAGCUGGGGCGUCCAGCCGCAAGCCCCCUCUGCCAUACACACCUGGCACUGACGUAGCUGGAGUGGUGGACAGUGUGGGAGAAGGUGUCACAACAGUCAAGGCCGGGGACCGUGUUUUUACCACGGCCUGCAAGUCUGGAGGGUAUGCAGAAUUGGCUCUAGCCACAGAGGAGAGUGUCCACAAACUGCCGGACACUUUGGACUUCAGACAGGGAGCGGCCAUCGGCAUCCCGUACUUCACCGCCUACAGAGCGCUGGUUCAAAAGGCCCACGUGAAGGCUGGAGAGACUGUCCUCAUCCACGGAGCCAGUGGAGGGGUCGGCGUGGCGACGUGCCAGCUGUCGCGCAUGCUAGGCCUCACGGUGUUGGGCACCGCAGGGACCAAAGAGGGAAUGGAGCUGGUCGCCAGAAAUGGAGCUCACCUGACGUUUAACCACAGAGAGAAGGACUAUACUGGCCAAAUCAUGGUACUGCACACUCCCAGAAAUGCUAGAAGCUUCUAG